AUCUGCCGUAAUGCCUGAUCCGUCAAAAUCAGCUCCGGCACCCAAGAAGGGUUCUAAGAAGGCCGUCACGAAGGCGCAGAAAAAGGAUGGCAAAAAGCGUAAGCGCAGUCGGAAGGAAAGUUAUUCCAUCUACGUGUACAAGGUGUUAAAGCAGGUGCACCCGGACACCGGUAUUUCUUCUAAGGCUAUGGGUAUCAUGAACUCGUUCGUCAACGACAUCUUCGAGCGCAUUGCUAGUGAGGCCUCUCGUUUGGCGCACUACAACAAGCGGUCUACCAUCACGUCCCGGGAGGUGCAGACGGCCGUGCGCCUGCUUCUUCCCGGUGAGCUAGCCAAACACGCCGUGUCCGAAGGUACCAAAGCCGUCACGAAGUAUACCAGCUCCAAGUGAGGCACGCCCCGGCUCCCGGGAACCCAAAGGCUCUUUUCAGAGCCACCCACAAGAUCGAGAAAGGGUUUCGAACACGUGAAGGGUUGUUAUGUAAACGCAUCCGAUGUGUGCUCCUUAGCGGUUCCUUGGUUACUGAGAGGACGUUCUUGUUCUCCCUGCUCCCUGUAGACGUGUGUGCGCGUGUGUAUGGGAGCGGAAUGGGAGAAUAUCUGCUGCUUACGGAGGUCGGGUAUGGACUGGCGACCCAAAAUAACAAUGUGGGAGGCAAUCAGAGACCGGGUGUCCACCCUCGCCUUCGCUCAAGGUUAUUGACGCUUCACUAAACAAAGUAGGAACCCUGAACUCAAGUGUCCUUAGUGUGUGGAGAGUGCCAUUUCCGGGGCUUGCGGGCAUGGACUCCAUGUCUAGUUUUGUGUUCGUGUGGUGUGAACCUGUGGGUGAGGAACGCAGGUCACCUGCCCCCAGUGGGACUUCGUGCCAGUCUCUCCACCUCCGUGUCCCUGAUGGGUGAACCCGAAGGACGCACUUGGUGAGGCCCUGGGGGUUGUCGCGCAGCUCUGGCGGUGGCGCCUGACGCUGCAUCCCCGCCUAGACCAGACACCUUUAUCCUAAGGCAAUGAACAUUUCCGGGAGGAUGUUUGCAUGUCUGCAUCCUUCAAUCGCAGGAUAUUUGACAACCGAAAGGAAAACGGAAGCGUGGUGGAACGCAGCGCUCCUUGCGCAGGAGCCGGAUGUAAAAAGCCGACCCCUGCUGCAGUUGUAAUACAGAAAUUAAACAGUGGGGCUUCCCUGGUGGCGCAGUGGUUGGGAAUCCGCCUGCCAGUGCCGGGGACAAGGGUUCGGACCCUGGUCCGGGAGGAUCCCACAUGCCGCGGAGUAACUCAGCCCGUGCACCACAACUACUGAGCCUGUGCUCUAGAGCCCGUGAGCCACAACUACUGAAGCCUAUGUGACAGCUGCUGAAGCCCGCGCCUUGAGCCCAUGCUCCACAACUGGAGAGGACACCGCAGGGUGAGGCCCGUGCACCUCAGCGAGGAGUGGCACCCCGCUCACCACAACAGGAGGGAGCCUGCAUGCAGCAGCGAAGACCCAACGCAGCCAAAGAAUAAAUAAGUAAAUAAAUAAGUAAAAUAAAUCUAUUAAAAAAAAAUUAAACAGCGAUCUGUCAUCAACAAGUCCACACCUUUAAUUUUCUCAGUAGAUAUCUGAUUCAUAUUAAAAACUGCAAAAUUCAGUCCUCCACUUUGAAAUGGGAACCUGCUGACUGGGUCCAAGCCCUCAGCCUCCUACCAAAGUAGAUUGGGAGUCAGUAUCUUAAUGAAAACUUCUAGCCACAUGAAAGUAGUCUUACAGAUUCACGUGAUUCUUUACCUUAAUGAGCU